AUGUCGUCCGGGUACUCAGGAGAGGGAUCCGCGGCGGCAAAUUGGCUUGGGGCCCAAUUUGCCGGAAGGCUCGUGAAGAAGGAAUACAUUUGCCUUUGCGAGGGGCCUGCCUUUGGUCCGGUUGGGCACCGUGCAGUGCUGACUUAUCCGCUGCGGGUGUUGCAGCUGAGCAAGGACACCUACCAAGUUGAGGUGGCCUCGGCCGGACGACCUGCGGAGACGGCUCUCCAAGUGAUGGCGUGCUUUGAGAUGAAGGGCAUUGACGAGGUCCGAGGCGCCUCUAGCAGCAUCUGCUCUCUCCUGACUCUGUGGCCCAAGACGGGCAGGAAACACCAGAUCCGAGCGCACCUAGCACAUGCAGGCCGACCCAUCGUGGGGGACUGGACCUAUGGCCGCCGAGAG